UUACAUAUGUCAAAUGAGAUUGUAGAUAACUUUAUAAUUUACAAAAUACAGGCGCAAUUUUCUAAAUUAUUCAAGAAUGGAAAGUGAAGAGGAAUUGGUUUGUGGUGCAUACAAAAAACUUACAAUAAACGAUAAUAAUGAAGCACACUCAUUGCAAAGCGUGCAAAAAAAUCGCACAAUUAAACAGACUAAUGAUAACUUCAAACCAACAAUUAAACAGCCAAAUGAACAAAAGGAAGACUAUGGGCAAGAAACAGAUGACUCAGAUAAUGAUAUCCUUGUACAAAACUACAACAUGAAAUGCAAAACAAAUAAAGAAAACAUACGACUCUUAAACAGAGUGGAUAGAUUAGAGUCGGAGAAUUACGAAAAGCUAACCAGGCACAGCAAAGAAAAUAUUAAACCUGAAAAAUUAUUACACACUUUGUCCAUGCCAAAAAUUAAUGCUACGAGUCACCUAAUGAAAGAUAUGCAUACUUUAAAAAACAUUAAAUUGCCUAAAAUAGAAAAACUCGACGAUUUGACUCCUGUUUCCAAAGCUAAAAUAGCUUCGAAGAUAACCAGAAAACUCAACUUCAAACCAAACGAACAAAUAUUUAAAAAUCUCAUUUCUUUAAAUGUUUCAGAAAUAGAAGAACCCUUGCAUAAACAUAAAGUGAAUAUAAAACACGUAAAUAAUAAUAUUCAGGUGCUUGAACCAAAUUUAAGUUAUUACUUGGAUCCACUUCCUCCGCUUUCACCAGUAAAACCUUUUCCUGCAACACGACAGAGAAAAACAGAAGAACAAAAUCGUAAACAGCUUGCUUGCAUGGAGCUUCCCGGUGCACUUGAAUUAUAUAGACGCAUAUUUGAAAAGGAAGAAGAAACUAAUGUAUGCACUUUAAGCAAUCAUGAAUAACAAUUGUUUUUAUCCAGACCAAUUUGUUUUAAUUUACGUUAUUAACACCUACAAAAAGCCCAAUAUUGGAUUACUUUCGAUAUCAAUGUUACUCUAUUACGACUGAAUAUCAAUGAGAAUAUCUUUGCAAUUAUUUUACUUAGCAAACAAAAAAGCAUAUACCUCAACACUUGGAAGUGGGUGAUCAUAUUAAAUUGCAAAGUAAUUGUUUGUAGGCAGCUUUUUGCAUCGAAAAACGAAGUGGUGGUCUUUCUAAACACUAAAGAAUAAAAAACUUCUUAAGAUAUAUUAACUUAUCCUGGUUUUUAAAUUAAAAUUAGCGAAAAUAUUUUAGUAAAUAGAACACGUCCUACAAAUAGUUCAAAAGGUUUGGUGAGCCAUAUGGACGAAAAUAAGAAACUGGAUCAAACUUUUAGUAACUAAUGACGAAAUAAAAUAUUUAAAACUGUAAUUAUAAUCGAAAUAUAAAUUUCCAAGUGAAAUUAGUGCUCAAACUAUCAACAAUAAAGAAUUUUUUCAAUUAAUGAUCAAGCGACAUGAAAUGUAAAGGUAUAUUCCAAGUGUUAAUGUGAAGUAGCUUGGAUAAGUUCAUAGCUUAAGAGAUUGUAAAAAUUCUUGUUUGUAGCUAAAUAAACAAAAUGAAUUCAAUAAUAUAUUACUUCAAUGCAAAAAUGAUGUAAUCCAAAUCGAAAAAUCGUGUAACUCGUAUGAGAAAAAUGUUAUGUAUACUAACAAUUAAAACAAAGAGUUGUAGUUUUGAGCUGCCGGAUAAAAUAGCAUAUAUAUAGAGGAAACAUAUCAUAAUAGAAGCACGAGAUGAUAAUUAUGCACCAGUUUCAAUUUCCUUGUCAGAAAAUAGCUACUCACAUUUCAAAUACUACUACUUCAUUUCACUUCUAAUUAAAUUUGGUGAAAUAAUUAAAAAUAUUAUUGA